AUCUCCAUAGCUUCCCCCCCAUCCUUUUCGUGCAUCAUUCUGCAUCCAUCAGGCGCACUGACAGCAGUCUUUGGACCGGUAGUUCCGCCAGAAGAAAUGGUGGAUACUGAUCACUCAGUCACACUUGCUUUGUUGCCUUCCUUACUUGGUGCCUUGUGCGUUUGUUUUUGGGUAAUGGAUAUUCCCUUUCUGUAUUUUUAUUAUUACUUAAUUAGUUUUCUUCGUAGGCCAGAAUUCUUCAUUUACCCAUUUAUUUUGUUUUCCUUUUCUUCUCUCUCUCUACCGUUUCUUCUUCGCCUUAUACUUUGUAUGUAUGCUGGGAAAGUUAAAAAGGAGGGGAGCAUAAUUCUUGGUGAACGAUAUUGAGUUGUCAGUCCCUAUUAGUUAGUUAGACCCGGGGGCUCUAAGAUUUAGUUCCCAGUGUUAGUGUUUCGUUGGCUUAGCAUUAAGAAUUC